CUCGCAUCCAUCAUGACAUUGCUUCUGGAUAUCGCUGCAACUGCCGCAACAGUAAUUAUACUUGUGUUCGUGUUUGAUUCAUGGCGCAAAAAAGCGAACCAUCUUCCGCCUGGGCCACCAGGUCUCCCAAUCUUAGGCAACCUGCUGCAAAUUCCCGCCACGAAGCAAUAUGUUGCCUUCCAGAACCUCGGUCACAUCUACGGUGAUAUCACGACACUUCGCGUGCCAGGAACGACCUUCAUGAUUCUCAAUUCGCGCAAGGCAAUAUUCGAUCUCUUCGAUAGCAGAUCGUCUAUCUAUUCUGACCGGCCCCACCUUGUUAUGGCCACAGAGUUAAUGGGCUGGGAUGGCGUAAUUGUCUUGUCGAACAACACCCCUCGCUUCCGCAACUGCAGGAAACUCUUGCGCAAGGGCCUCGGCCCAAGCGCCGUGCGAAGCUUUGUGCCUUUCUUGAACCGCCAAUGCGCAUUCUACCUACGAGACCUGCUGGAAAGGCCCCAUGAUUUCACUGACAUCUUCAGGCGAAAUUCAGGGGCCAUCUCGAUGAAGAUCGCAUAUGGCUACGAUGGCAUCGCGGAGGACGACGAGUUGCAUGAUCUCGCGCACAAAGAUCACCUUUACUUCAUGGAGACAACUGUACUUGGGGUAUGGUUUGUGGACAUGUUCCCGAUCCUGAGACAUGUCCCUCAGUGGUUUCCGCUCGCAUACUUCAAGCGAUAUUCAGCACGCGCGAAACCCUUCAUCCUCAAGUGUGUUAACAAACCCUUUGAGGAGACGAAACGUCAUAUGAGAGCAGGAACAGCUGGUGCAUCAUUUACUUCGAUGCUACUGCAACACGCGCAGGGAGAUCCAGAGGUGGAAGAUUGCAUCAAGUACUCUGCUGUAGGCAUUCUCCUGGGACAGAUAGAUACGACAAGAAUUGUCCUCUCGUGGUUCUUCAUGGCGAUGGCGCUCUAUCCGGAAGUUCAAGCCAAGGCACAAGCCGAGAUCGACAAAGUCGUCGGCAAUGAGCGACUGCCGCGAAUCGAGGACAAGGAUUCGCUGCCAUAUGUCUUUGCCGUGAUGAAAGAAGUGUUUAGGUGGCAACCACCUGCUAAAUUAGUGCCACAUGCUGUGAGCAAGGACGACGAGUAUCGAGGCUACUUCAUUCCAGCCAAGACGAUGCUGAUCGCCAAUAUCUGGGCUAUCAUGCACGACGAAAGCGUGUAUCACGACGCCGACAAGUUCAUCCCGGAGCGGUUCUCGGAGGAAGGAGCACCUGAUUGUCUCGACGACGCCUUUGGCUAUGGUCGACGUGGCUGUCCGGGGAUACUGGUCGCGCAAGCGAAUGUGUUUGUGUGGAUGGCAACCACCUUGGCGACGUUCGACAUCACGAAAGCGCGCGAUUCGAGAGGAAACGUCAUCGAGCCCAAGGUGGAAGACACCCCCGGAGCCAUCAACGGCCCUCUGCCAUUCAAGGUGUCCGUGCAACCUCGUUCUGAAACGGCUGUAGACCUGAUCAAGCGCUCCGUUGAGCAGUCCAAGACGAUGUCGGAAAGGUUGGAAGUCUUCAGUCUGGACGAAUAA